AUGGGGUGUGGUGCUAGCACAACCAACCCGGCCUCCGCGAAAGUCUUUGCCGAUGACACGCUCAACGUGGUACCCAUCGCGCAGGUCUGGAACAAAAGGCGGCAGAGGGAAGCACACUCUGUGAACCUCAGCUCCAAGUCCAAGUCGGCGUCGCUGGCCACCGAGACCUCCCGCAAGGCUGCAGUUAACAAGCCAAAGAGGGCGAUCGCAGUGGUGGCUUGGGAAUUCUCCGAUGGACUCCAAGCAGAUACUUUGGCGUUGGCGAUGCGGCAUCAAAUCACCGACACCCAGAGCGAGGGAUUCGACACCCCGCCAAAUGUUGUACAUGCCACGGAUUUCUAG